CGAAUAUCGAAGUCGCCGUCGACGGUUGUGUGGCUUUUCUCUUGCCUCAAAAACACCUAAACUAAACAAAAUAAAGCUCUUAACUAAAACUAAAAAAAAAAGAAAAUAAAAUCUACAAUAAAUAACUCACCAAAGCAAAGCUUAAACAUAUAGAAAAUUCCUAAGAAAAGCCAGCGUUUAAAGGCGAACAAAAAGUGUAGCAUACUUUUGUGCCCCCGUGGAAAAAACGCCCACGAGGCAGGCGAAAAUGAAUUAAUCAAGUUGAAUUCGAAUAAUAAAGAAUAAAUAAAGAUUAGCCAAGAAGAAGCGACAUUUAAGUAAAUUAAGCAGGCCAAAAACGAACUUUUUUUCGGUGGGCCGCGAAAGGCGUUGCCAAAUCAAAGGCCACAGGAUAAAACAACAAAUUCCUAACUUAAAUUCCAAACAAAAUCCUAAACGAAGGCACUGAAGUAAAAAUUUAAAGAUAAAAUCAACCAAAAAAAAUAUACAAAAAUUAAUCAUACGCACCGUUAAAAAGCACCAAGUAAAAUCUGACUAAAAGCGAAAAACUACAAGGAAAAUAAAGGACAAACAAAGGAAUAAAACUCUCGAAAGCAGCAGCAUCGGCAAAGAACAUUCUGCUGCAUAAAUAAUACACUCGACACACGCAUACGUAUACGCCAUAUAGGCCAGGACAUACCAGCAGGAUACCACACACACACACAGACGCAGGCAGGACGUGCUCCUGUUCUAUUAUUUAACUGCUUUCAACGUCAGCACCACGUUCAACCCGACGAAAGUCGAUUGAAAGCCGCCUUCAACAAACCCAGCAUCCCUCUCGCUCUCUCUCUCUCACCAAAAGAGAGCCAGCGAGUCCUUUGUGUGCGCCAGUGUGAGUGUGCGUGUGUGUGUGACAGCAGGAGCGACGUCAACGUCAAUCCGCUCAAUAUUUAUACAUUGAACCGAGUCUCGCGGCCCUCACAACGCAGACGCUCCUGGUCCUCCGCUUGGGCCCAAAAUAAAUAACAUCUGACAGCUGCCCAGAGUCCUGAGUCCUGAGUCCUGAGUCCUGCAUCCUGAAAGCACUUAACGGGCACAGGCAACGACACAAUUUCCCCAGGAAAACAUCAACCAAACUGAACGCGAUCUUAAAACGAAAACAAAACAAUGGGCGCCAAGGAAAGUGUCGAGGCAGCCGCCAAAAUGAACGCCGAUGGCUGGGGCCAUGUGGAGCGAUCAAGUCGCUACCACAACCAUCGGCACAAUCAGCGCUCACAGUCGCUGAAUCGCGGACAGGCGCUCUCGCAGGCGGACGUGAGCGGCAUGUGGUGACAUCGGGGUGCCUCUGGUAAAGGAUCUGCGGCUAGCUGCGCCAACUGCGCCAUGGGUAACAAACUGAGCUGCUCCUGUGCCCCGCUGAUGCGCAAGGCCUAUCGCUAUGAGGAUUCCCCCUGGCAGAGUUCCCGUCGUCGCGAUGGCCAUCUAUUGAG